ACUCCCACGGACCGCCGGUGUCAGCAAAGCGUAGAACGGGAGGAGAAGCAUCGGGAGGAACGAGCUCGCUCGCUCUCAGCUCCAGUAGACGAUGGAGGUGAACCAGCGCCCCGCGCGGGCUAUCCAACUCCACCCUUCCCGCGCCGCCGUAGUCGAUCUCUUCAACCUCUAUCUCGGCAGGAGCACCCGGCAGAGAUUGGACGACGCCUCUCGCGAGACUCCGACCAAACUUCAGAAAAGGAUUAUUGCUCCUCAUGGGGAGCUUCCACGUCGCGACGAACAAUUUAUAUUGGAUUUUGAGCAAUUACAAGGACAAUUUUCAGAUCUGGAGCAACUGCGGACAACCACUGAAGCAGUUCUUAUAUCUUUCAUUGUGCAGUGCAGCAGUCAUGCACCACAAUCAGAAUUUCUCCUUUUUGCAAUAAGAAGCUUGUGCAGCAGAGGUUAUUUGAAGUGGGAUACGUUCCUUCUUUCACUCCUCUCAGCAGUUUCCUCUGCUGAGGCAACAUUUGGGCAGGUGGCUCCCACAACUCCUGUUGGGCUAUCAUCACCUUUGAUUAUUUCAUCAUCAUCUAUGCCAAAUGCAUCAAACCUACAUGUUUCAUCAUCAUCUAAUAUUACUAUGUCAAAUGCUUCAAACAUACACGCUUCUAAUCCAGCAUCCCCAUUGCCAACUAUGCAUGUUGUCAGUUCACCAGCUCAAUCUACUACUGAUCAAUCUGCUGGCACAACUCUAUCACCAAUUAAGCCAUCGGAACUUUCUGUCUCUGGGCAUCAUGGUAUGACUAGGUCCAGUCAUAUAGUAAAGGGCAAUGCUAUUGGUUCGCUCCGUCAGUUCUCAUGCAGAAUUAUUCUAGCUGGCCUAGAUUUUAGUCUAAAACCAAUAACCCAUGCAGAAGUAUUUACUCAUAUGCUUAAUUGGUUGGUUAAUUGGGAUCAAAGGUCUGUAGUUUCAGAGGAAAGUGAUAACAAGAAGACCUGGAAGCCUGAAAGACCUUUGCAUGAGUGGAGGCACACAUGCCUGGAUGUUGUAUGGGUGUUGGUUGAUGAAGAUAAGUGCCGUAUUCCCUUCUAUGAGCUUAUCCGUAGCAGCUUGCAGUUUAUGGACAAUAUUCCCGAUGAUGAGGCAAUGUUUAGCAUCAUUCUGGAAAUACAUAGAAGAAGGGAUAUGGUUGCAAUGCAUAUGCAGAUGUUGGACCAGCACCUUCAUUGCCCUACAUUUGCUACUCAUAGGUUCUUGACACAAUCCUAUCCAAGUUUAACAGGUGAAUCAUUGGCGAAUGUCCGUUAUUCUCCCAUCACUUACCCUGGUGUUUUAGGAGAACCAUUGCAUGGAGAGGAUCUUGCCGCCUCUAUUCCAAAAGGAAGUUUGGAUUGGGAAAGAGCCUUGCGUUGUCUUAGACAUGCGCUUCGUACAACUCCUUCGCCUGAUUGGUGGAGACGUGUACUCCUUGUUGCCCCUUGUUAUAAACCUCCACAGACAUCAACACCUGGUGCUGUUUUCUCCCCUGAAAUGAUUUGUGAGGCAGUUGUUGACAGAACAAUAGAAUUAUUAAAGAUCACAAACUCAGAAACACAAUGCUGGCAGGAAUGGCUUAUAUUUGCAGACAUUUUCUUCUUUCUAAUGAAGAAUGGAUGCAUUGAUUUUCUUGAUUUCAUUAACAAACUCACCUCUCGAAUCACAAGAGGUGACCAACAGAUUCUGCGUAGUAAUCAUGUGACUUGGCUGCUUGCACAGAUUAUUCGCAUUGAGCUUGUGAUGAAUACAUUGAGUUCAGACCCAAAGAAGCUGGUGGAGACUACAAAAAAGAUCAUUUCAUUUCAUAAAGAAGAUAAAAAUAUUGAUCCAAGUAAUGUCAGUCCUCAAGCAAUUCUAUUGGAUUUCAUUAGUAGCAGUCAAACUGUACGUAUUUGGUCUUUCAACACUUCAAUUAGGGAGUACAUCAACAAUGAUCAGCUUCAGAAAGGAAAGCAGAUAGAUGAAUGGUGGAGACAAGUAACCAAAGGAGAACGAACAUUGGAUUUUAUGAGUUUAGAUGACCGAUCUAUGGGAAUGUUUUGGGUUCUCUCUUUUACAAUGGAUCAGCAAACGUGUGAAGCAGUUAUGAAUUGGCUUUCAUCAGCUGGAGUAACAGAAAUCCUACAAGGACCUAAUAUGCAACCUAAUGAUAGGAUGAUGAUGAUGCGAGAAACUUACCCUCUAUCUAUGACAUUACUUUCCGGGUUGUCAAUCAAUUUAUGCUCAAAGCUUGCAUUUCAACUUGAAGAAGCCAUAUUUCUCGGUCAGGCCAUCCCUAGCAUUGCCAUGGUCGAAACCUAUGUCAGAUUGCUGCUUAUUGCUCCUCACUCCUUAUUUCGCCCUCAUUUCACGAAUUUGACCCAACGAUCAUCAUCUUUUUUGAACAAGCCUGGAAUGUCUAUAUUGCUCCUUGAGAUAUUAAACUACAGACUACUUCCUCUAUACAGGUACUAUGGCAAGAGUAAGGCAUUGAUGAAUGAUGUUACUAAGAUAAUCUCAACAAUCAAGGGAAAGCGUGGAGAACAUCGCCAUUUUAGAUUGGCUGAAAAUUUGUGCAUGAAUUUGAUUCUCUCAAUACGAGAUUUUUUCGUUGUCAAGAAAGAAUUGAAGGGGCCAACUGAUUUUACAGAGACAAUUAAUCGAAUCACAAUAAUUAGUUUGGCUAUAACCAUUAAGACACGUGGAGUUGCUGAGGUGGAGCACAUGCUUUACCUUCAGCCUUUGUUGGAGCAGAUUAUGGCUACUAGUCAGCAUACAUGGUCCCAGAAAACUAUGCGAUAUUUCCCUACACUUAUUCGGGAUUUUUUGAUUGGAAGGAUAGAUAAGAGGGGACAAGCUAUCCAAGCAUGGCAACAAGCAGAGACAACAGUUCUUAAUCAAUGUACUCAGCUUCUUUCUCCCUCUGCUGAUCCUACUUAUGUUAUGACAUACCUUAAUCAUAGCUUUCCUCAACAUCGUCAAUAUCUCUGUGCUGGUGCUUGGAUGCUUAUGAAUGGACUGCCAGAAAGCAUCAACAGUACCAAUCUUGGCCGUGUUUUAAGAGAAUUGUCACCUGAAGAAGUGACAUCUAAUAUAUAUACAAUGGUGGAUGUCCUCCUUCAUCAAAUUCAGAUCGAGCUGCAACGCGGUCUUCCUGCUCAGGAUCUAUUAUCAAAAGCAAUUUCAAAUUUUUCCUUUUUUAUUUGGUCGCUUGAGCUACUUCCAUUGGAUAUUAUAGUUCUUGCUCUUAUUGAUCGGGAUGAUGACCCUUAUGCUCUGCGCAUUGUGAUAAGUCUUCUCGACAAGCCUGAACUUCAACAACGGAUUAGAAUGUACUGCACCAGUCGUUCUCCUGAACAUUGGGCCCACAAUCAACUUUCAAAAAGAGUUGAACUGCAAAAAGCUCUUGGCAACCAUCUCUCAUGGAAGGAUCGGUACCCCACAUUUUUUGAUGACAUUGCCGCACGGUUAAUCCCUGUUAUUCCGCUUGUAGUUUAUCGGCUCAUUGAGAAUGAUGCUACUGAUAUUGCUGAUAGAGUUCUUAAUUCUUAUACUCAACUUAUGGCAUUUCACCCUUUGAGGUUCAGUUUUGUUCGUGAUACACUUGCAUAUUUUUAUGGUCAUCUUCCAAAUAAACUUAUUCUCCGAAUACUAAAAGUGCUAGAUCUCACAAAGAUUCCAUUUUCAGAGUCAUUUCCGCAAUAUAUGGCUUCGCCAAAUUCUUCUGUAUGUCCGCCACAAGAAUAUUUUGCUAAUCUUUUAUUGGGUCUUGUAAAUAAUGUCAUACCCUCUCUAAAUAGCAAAUCAAAAUCGGACUCUUCAGGAGAUUCUUCUGGCAAUUUUGGCCGUGCAACUUUAAAUAGAACCCAAGCAACUUCAAUUAGCAGUUCCGAUGGGCAGAAGGCCUUCUAUGAGAAUCAAGAUCCUGGAACAUAUACACAACUUGUCCUAGAAACUGCAGCUAUUGAAAUCCUCUCUCUUCCAGCAUCAGCUUCUCAGGUAGUGGCUUCUCUUGUACAAAUUAUUGUCCACAUACAGCCAACGCUUAUCCAGUCUGGCAGUGGAAUUUCACAUGGGCAAACUUCUGGUCUUCCAACUUCACCUUCUGCUGGAAGUACUGAAUCAAUGAACACAAGUCGUUCAACUUCUUCAACAAGUUGGGUCAAUGCUAACAGUUUUGUUUCAAAAAGUGGCUAUUCUUGUCAGCAGUUAUCUUGUUUAAUGAUCCAAGCAUGUGGACUUUUGCUUGCCCAGCUACCGCCAGAAUUUCAUCUACAACUGUAUUCUGAAGCAGCACGCAUCAUAAAAGAUUGUUGGUGGCUUGUGGAUGGCAAAAGAUCACUGGAUGAGCUGGAAUCCGCUGUUGGCUAUGCUUUGUUAGAUUCCACAUGGGCUUCUCAGGAUAACACAUCAACUGCCAUAGGAAACAUUGUGUCUCUACUGCAUGCUUUCUUUAGCAAUCUUCCACAUGAAUGGCUGGAAUCAACACACACAAUUAUUAAGCAUCUACGCCCAGUGAGUUCUGUGGCAAUGGUCCGAAUAGCUUUCCGAAUAAUGAGCCCUUUAUUGCCUCGUCUUGCCUUUGCUAGGCCUCUUUUUAUGAAGACAUUAGCACUGCUGUUCAAUGUGAUGGCUGAUGUUUUUGGAAAGAACUCACAGCCUGCUGUUUCUGCCGAAGCAUCCGAUAUUAGGGACCUUAUUGACUUCUUGCACCAUGCUGUGAUGUAUGAAGGACAAGGUGGACCUGUACAGAACCAUAGCAAACCUAAAGUGGAGAUCCUCACACUGUGUGGCAAAGUCAUGGGACUUUUGAGACCUGAUGUUCAACACCUCCUUUCUCACUUGAAGAUUGAUCAGACUUCCUCCAUCUAUGCAGCAACGCAUCCCAAGCUAACUCAAAAUUCAGCUUGAUCAAUUAACGUAAUCUAACAUAUUGACACUAAUAUACAUGAAGCGAAUGUUUCCUAUUUUUCUUCUUGUCAUAAAAAUGUGAUUAGUAUACGCGUGUCUGUGUUAAUUAAGUGAUUGUUAGGCCACGUGAAGGAUAUCAGUCGAAUUCGACUCUAACACAAGGUAAACUCUGAAAUGUGGAUUGAUGCCAUGAUAGUUAACUAUGUUUUCAUAGGCAGGUCAGUUGACAGAAUGUAAAGUAUUGUGGAAUGUUUAUUUAUUUUAUAUGUUUUUUACUAUUAAACUAAUAUAAAUGGGCUCAUGGCAA